CAUGGCUACCAACUCAACCUCUGCAGCUAAACAUGGCCAGUGCCUACCCGUGACGUCGUCGAUGUGCGUAACGGGAAGCGUCACCGCCACGCACAACUUCGAGGUGACCAACUUCACGCAGCUCGACGGCAUGGGCGUCGGCAAGUUCGUCAGCUCGAGCACCUUCAGCAUCGGCGGUUGCGACUGGAGGAUCAACUUCUACCCCGACGGGAACAAGAAGGAGAACAAUGGUGCUUUCGUGUCGGCCUUCUUGUAUUUUGUCAGCGGAACAUCAGCAGGUGUGACGGUUGAAUUCAGUUUAAGUUUAUUGGGCAAAGAUUACUUGUCGAAACAGCAUAUGUACAAUCGGUCCUUUCCAUCGGUUUGUAGCGACCGGGGCUUGCCCGAGUUCAUUGAGAAAUCCCAGCUGCAAGAGUUGCUGCGCCUCAACGGUGAUUGCUUCACAAUAAGGUGCGUUCUUACCGUGAAAGUGCCUCGCACUUUGGAAGGAAGCCACGUUGUAGUUCCACAGCCAAACCUGCACCAAGAUCUCACAGACAUGCUGAAGAAUGGGGAAGGUGCAGAUGUGACAUUCAGUGUCGGGGACCAAUCGUUUUCUGCUCACAAGUGUAUCUUGGCUGCGCGAUCCACGGUGUUCAAGGCAGAGCUAUUCGGAGCGCUGAAGGAGAAGGACGCACGCUGCAUCAAGAUUGAUGACAUGGAGCCGACCAUAUUUGAGGCGCUCCUUCACUUCAUCUACACAGAUUCUCUGAUAGAUGACUGUGAUUCAGAUAGGAAUGCGUCGAUGCAGCAACACCUGCUAGUUGCAGCGGAUCGGUAUGGACUGGACAGGCUAAGGUUGAUGUGUGAGGCUAAGCUGUGCCAAGGCAUCGAUGUUGAGACAGUUGCCACUACCCUAGCUUUAGCAGAGCAACACCACUGCACACAGCUCAAAGAUGCUUGCCUUGGAUUUAUAGCUUCACGUGACGUGCUUGGUGCCGUCAUGAAAACCGAUGGAUUCAAGCAUCUCAUCGCAAGCUGCCCUUUGAUCAUGAAGGAGAUGUUGGACAAGGUCGCUGCCGUAUGGAGCGAGUAGUGUCACGGAAAUAUAGCUGAACAGUAGUAUUACUAUGAAUGUAAGAUGCAGUAUCAGCUAGUAUUCGAGUACUUUCUGUCACAUUACUAUUACUGGU